GUGCUGAUUAUUUGCGAGACCGUGACGGGAUGCUUCUACAUCAAAGCGAACUAUGUCGGUAUACAUCUUGCAGAUAUUCCGCCGCAGACGCCUGAAGAGCUAAAAAAGGGACUGAUUUGGAAUUAUGCAAACCAGUUGAUCUACAAUCCUAUCUUGUCGCUCGUUAAGAUAUCGGUCCUGAUCUUCCUCCUACGGCUGGACUCACGCUCAGCAGUCGUUCGUUACAUGAUUUUUGGGACGAUGUACUUUACCAUUGCCCUCAUGGUCUCCAUCCUUAUUGCAGAUGUCUUUCAAUGCACGCCCGUAGCAUACGUUUAUGAUAUAACUAUUGCUGGCGGACAUUGCAUUGAACAGGGUGCCUUCUUUGUUGCCACUGCAACUAUGACCAUAUUCACCGACUUACUGGUCGUUGUUAUCCCGAUGAUUAUCGUCUAUUCUCUGCAGAUGCCUAUUCGACGAAAGAUCAUGGUUGUUGGUAUCCUCUGUCUUGGUUUGGUUGCCACCGGCGUGGGAGCCUGGCGGCUAAAUCAGCUGGUUGAAGCUUUCUUCCCUAGCCAUCCAAAUCCGGACCACACAUAUAGUAUCGGUUUUGUCUCAUCCGCCAUUGAGAUCAACUUGGCCGUCAUCUCUGCAUGUUGUCCAGCAUUGAAGUCACUUCUCAAUCGCAUUGCACCACGCUUCCUCGGCACGUCGGGCCGUGGUACAUACGGAAAGUCAAGUAAUCCACGAUACGGCCAUGGAACGUACAUUCGUUCGAACGUGGAUCCCAACGAUUCCUACGAGCUUGGCCAGAAGAAAUAUCAUAACAAACAACAAACUGAGAUAAGUGCUGGAGAAAGUCAUAGUGGACGUCUUCCACCGCGCUCGAAGACUGCCGAAAGUUUGAGUCUUAGCGAUGAUGACGGUAUCAUUGCCGGUGCAAUGGGGAGUAUCGCCAUUGUCAAGACUACCAAUGUCUCGGUACAGAGAAAUAGACGAGAUGACCACCCAGAAAAAGCAUCCAGUGUGGAUAGUCUUGUCUAA